GUGAGGUCACCUCAUCGUUGUCGUCGACCCUUCAGUAAACGAGAUUUUUCUAUCGAAGAAAAAAUCAAGCGGACGAAGUUCGUUAUCGUCGUCGAUUAUAACAGAACGACGACAUCAAUUUUCUACCAGAGGAAUUAUAUACGGUGCUACGACGUUACGUCUAUGUGCUUACUUAACGCCUGCUGUUUCUUCGUCUAAAACGUUUUUGGACAUGAAAUUAAACUAUCCGAACGUCAUGCCAACUACGAGGAUCAUCGUUUUCUUCGCCCUAUGCAUCGCCCCUAUCGCUAAAGCAGGCGAGGGUGCCCAAUAUUUUCGUUUCAAGCCGAGAAAUAGUUCCGUGCUUGAACGUGGCGAGGUGAUAAUACCCUGCGAGGUCGAGAACAGGGUCGGCAUCGUUCAGUGGGUCAAAGACGGCUUUGCUUACGUCGUUCAACCGAUGAGUGGCCAGAUCGUUGGUCAUCCGAGAUUAAGACUGAUCGGGGAUCAAAACGCAGGAGUUUAUAAUCUUCAGAUUACCGAUGCAUCUUUAACCGAUGAUGGAGAAUAUCAGUGUCAGGUUGGACCACAUGUACGCGUCAAGCCGAUCCGUGCGAACGCUCAUCUCACCGUUAUCUCGCCACCACAGAAAGUCGAGAUAAGUAGUCACUUGUACAAGAAAAAAAUGGAUGGGAGUGGUCAUUCGAGUAAGAAAAAAAUCGAAGUAAAAGUUGGAGAAUCGACGCGUUUGGAAUGCGUCGUGAGAUCGGCUAAACCAGCGGCUUCGAUCAUUUGGUAUCGCGGAAAUGUUCAAAUUAAAGGUGGCGAUACCAGUAUCACGCCGAUAUCAAUCGAGGGUGACAAGGAGAUGUUGAAGCCUGGUUUGAUAACGAAGAAACUUCUCAAAUACGAUACCCACGGAUCUAUCACGAUCGUCCCCACCGCCGACGAUGAUGAGAUGGAUUAUACCUGCGAAGCCAAUCAUCCAGCGAUUCCCAUUAAUCGUCCGAUGCGGGCGACCAUCAAACUCUCCGUUUUCUAUCCACCAGGCAUGCCAUAUAUCGAGGGUUAUACAGAAGGUGAAACCGUACAACGCGAUCAACAAGUGGAGCUCACCUGUCGAUCGCGAGGAGGAAAUCCACCAGCCAAAAUCGUUUGGUUUAGAAAUGACCAACAAGUCACGACCGAAUAUCGUUCGGAAGGUAGUCUAUCUGAGAGUGUAUUAUCGUUCAAGGCUAUGGCACAAGACGACAAGGCACGAUACAAAUGCGAGGUGUCCAAUAUCAUGAGCCUUGAACCCAUGGAAGUACACGUUGACCUUACUGUACUUUUUGUACCAGCCGGCGUGAUAAUCACUGGACCGACCGAAGCAAAGGCAGGCGAACAAGUAGUGAUUACUUGCACAACAGAGAACUCAAACCCACCAGCGGAUAUAAAGUGGUCGGUAGACGGUCGGAACUUUGAGAAUAGCACGUCGAAAACAGAACCGGCGUCUCAGGGUGGUUGGAUCACAACUUCGAAUGUGACUUUCAGUAUAAAUCACAAGAGUAGAAGCAUCGUUGUUAUCUGCCACGCGUCGAAUGCGAAACUUGCUGAGAACGUGGUUGGCACACAUACUAUCAAUGUCAUCUAUCCACCCUCGAACCUCUUCGUCACUGGUUAUGAAGAGGGUACAACUAUAGACGCUGGCACGGUAUUAAGACUUCAAUGCACAGCCACCGCUGGUAAUCCACUGGCAACUCUGACGUGGUAUAAAAACGAUAGAAAGAUUCUCGGUACUUCUAGAACGAGAGACCAAGCUGUUUCCAGUGAACUAGCGAUACUCGUUAAUGCAUCGGAUAACAACGCACACGUUAGAUGCGAAGCUACCAAUUCGGGGACUGAGAUACCACUGAUGAAGACUCUGAUAUUGAGAGUCAAUUUCCCACCGGAGAAAGUGAAGAUCACGCGAGACCCGCAGGAUUUUCAUGCAGGUCAGGAAGGUCGUAUUAUAUGCGAAUCGAGCAGUAGCAAUCCCGCUGCCGAAAUGUCAUGGUGGAAGGGAGGAAUAUCAGUACCGUCGACGAAAAACGGUACCAAACCGGGUCUACACGGUGGUUUCCUUUCCUACGUAGAAUUGUCAUUGGAUUUAACCGAGGAUAUGAAUUGCGAGGUUUACACCUGUCAAGCUAGGAACGCUCAAAUGGAAAGAUCGAUACACGAUGCGAUAACGCUUCACGUAUUAUACAAGCCAAUAUUCUCAACACUGGAUCCUUACGAAUUAACCGGUAUGGAAGGUGAACCAUUUGUAAUAUCCGUCUCAGCAACCGGAAAUCCUAAUAUGAUAACUUACACAUGGACGAGAGACGGGUUACCAUUGAGUAGUAGCGGUAAAAGAAUAACCGCACGUGGUCCAACGUUGAAUAUAACGAAAUUGGAACGUUACGAUGCAGGGACUUACACGUGCGAAGCGAUCAACGAGGAAGGGACCACGUUUUAUCCUUUGAAUUUGACCGUCCAAUAUCCGGCAAAGAUUUUACGAACGUCAACGUCCGGCACUGUAUAUCCACCUGGAAUCGAGGCUAAAUUGUUUUGCGAGGUUGAUGGUAGCCCGAUAGGUGACGAAUACGUGACCUGGCAGAAAGUAGGCUCAAACUCGGAAUUACCAGGAAGAUAUUCAACGUCUUUUGCAAACAAAACAUCGUAUCUUCAUAUCGAGCAUCCGGAUCAGGAAGAUGUUGGGGAAUAUCGAUGCAAAGUUAACAAUGGAAUUGGUAACGCCACCUCGAAACCGAUUCUAUUUAUAACCAAUUUUAAACCGGAAAUGAUGAAUACACCGCUUACGAGAAAGGCCGCAGCGAAUAAAGGAAUAAAUGCGCCACUUUAUUGCAAAGCACGUGGAUCUCCGUUACCACGUUUUACAUGGAUCUUCAAUGGUAGAACUUUAUUACCUAACGCAACGGAACACAAAUAUAGUAUAACUCAUAGCGACUUGUCCGAAUUAACGUCAGAAUCAACGUUGACGAUAUUCCACGUGAAGUCUCACGAUUAUGGAAAGUAUGAGUGUCGUGCAGAAAAUAGAAUCGGCCAAUCGAUCGAUACGAUACAUUUGGACGUAACAUCACCACCUGACAAACCCUCAGAUUUGGAGGUUUACAAUGUUACGCAUGAUUCUGUUACGUUGACAUGGAAAAGAGGAUUCGAUGGUGGCCUACCAACGUCCCAUCAAAUAAGAUGGAGACAAGCGUUGGAUUAUGAGAGUCGUUAUAGAUACUUGGACAUUUUACCGGGUGAAUAUAAAGCGGUAAUAUGUGGACUAACACUCGGAACUUAUUACGUUUUUAGCGUGAAAGCUAUAAACGAAAAAGGUGACAGCGGUUUCUUGCCCGAUGUGGUCAAGGUCCAAACUCUACGGCCGAAUAACGUGGAAAACCUGCCAGACGUCCUCUUGGAAAGAGGGGACUUCCCAAUGAAUUAUAUCUAUACGUUCGCAGCAACUUCCGCCAUCUUUUUUAUCGUUAAUCUCUUCAUCAUGUUGUGGUACAUUGUGCGAAAGCGAAAUAAAGCUCGGUUAAACAAGUCGCAGACAGCUGAUAUGUAUGCACCAUCGACCGUCAACGGUGACACUAUGACCGGCGAAUUAAGUUCCGUGUCCGAUGAGAAGAGCGACGUUAACUUCGACGCUAAUGAUUACGUGGACGAGGGACGAAAAACUGCAGCUAGUACAUAUUUAAUCGAUCAAACUAUGCAGGAUUUCGGGAAGGGUAGUUUAGAGAUGCAGGUACAUCAUCAAGGAACUCUCGGUCGUCGAGGUAACCACGUGCCAGUUAUGAGUAUGGAUUCACCACCACAAAGAACUACAGCCAGUGGGACACUCUCGGUUUCGAAGUCGAGUUACAUCGGGAAUCCAAGUCCUGCGCCGCCCAACGACGUAAGCUUCUACAGUGUGGAAAUGGACAACGGCCGUUAUAUGGGAUAUGAGCCGAACUCGAGCCCGGCACCGACAAUGGGCGAUCCGGGCUCGGGCAAUUAUUACCCUACCAUGCCAACCACGGGACACACGGGGCAACAUGCGAGCGCUGGUGGAACGGGUACGUUGACGCGUACCAGAACUCUACCACGUCCUGUACCACCCCCGGAUGUUACCGUGAUGACGGCGGGUACCAAAUCACUGAUACCACCCUCCGUACCACCGCCGCCGGCUACGUUUGCACGUGCGAACACCAACGGUGCACACAAUCAUGGUCACCCACUCUCAACGUUCACACCGACGCCGGCCUAUUCCGACAUUGACGGCCAUCUUGUCUGAGGCUCACCGAUAUUCGGCCCAAGCUCGGUACGUGGUAAAUACCGUGCCGUACCUAGGGACGAAACAAGUUUGCCCGUAACCGAGAGAAGCACGCGACUUUAGGCACGGGCCUAAGAAAUAAAUUUCGUAAAGAGGAACUUAUCGUCUGAACCUAUUAACGACGUUGAUAACGAAACGUCGAUUAUUACAUCGUUUAUAUCGAAGCAAUGGAUGAUUAUUACUACUACUACUACUACUACUACUAUUACUACCACUACUACUACUACUACUACCACCUACUACUACACUACUACUACUAUUACUACUACUACCUACUACUACUACCUACUACUACUACUACUACUACUACUACUACUACUACUACUACUACUAUUACUACUACGUUGCUUCUACUCGCGUGUUACUUUCCUACGUUUACUCGAUAGUGCGCGAUCGGACAGAGUUUUGCCUGCUACGGCAAAAAAAUCGUUAUUUGAUAAUGACAGGAAUCAUUAAAUUGCAACUGAUCGAGAAGUGCGGCAAAUUAAUUUCGGUGGUUAUUAAUAAAAAUAUGUGGCUUACGUGUGUAAAUAAUGAUGGUUGGUUGGGCGUAGGAAAACUUUUCGGAUCGUGGAAACCCGAAAACGAUUAUUGUCUUCGAGUAUCGUGUUACGAUAUGACGAAGACAAUUGUUCGUGAUACUAUUUGCGUGGACGAUUAGAUGUAGUUGCAUUUGCAUAUCAUAAAAAUCGUUCGUGCUUUAAUCGUCGAUAUCAUCGAACUAGCCGGAGUCGUCGAUCGUUACCGAGGAACUGGCAUCCUGGACACUUUGUAUGUGUGUAUGCGUGUGCGUGUGUGCUUGUACGUACGUAUGUGUAUGUGGUAUGUUUAUUUGCGUGUAUGCGUGGGUUCAACAUGCUAAUACGGAUUCUUUAUCUUCUCCGAGUGUAGUGAUAGAAGAAGAAAAAAAAAAAAUAAUAAAAAAAGAAACUUACUCGAUUCGAUCUCGACGAUCGCUUACGUUACAAUCUAACGAUCGUCGAUAUCGAUCUUGAGUUUAUUCAUUAAAAAAUUUUAUAGUAUAUUUACGUUCGAUGAUGCAACGUAAUUGGGAGAACUCUUUUUUUCUUUUUUCUUUUCUUUUUUUUUGCCUGGCUGGCUACUGUAAGAGAAAGGAAGGAAGGAAAGAAAAAAAGAAAAAAAGAAAGAGAAAGAAAUUAGUUAAGGUGACUACGUCAUUUUCAAAAUCGAUCAAUCGUGUAUACGUAAACAAAUCAAGGAUAAAAAAAAAAUAAUUUUUCUUCAUCGAUUUUUGACGAAGAUCGGCCUAUUUUUUGCACGUAUGGGUAUCUUGAGACUCGUCAUCUGAGAUUCCCUAGCCCCCACCCUACCCCACCCCACCAACACCCCACCAACACCCCACCAACACCUCUACCCACCCACAUUCCUCUUUUUCUUCCGUUUUCUUUUUCUUUUUUCUUUUCUUUAGUAUACGAUCCUCUCGAAGAGAGAUGUAUCGAUGCAAACACGAAGGAAUAAGGAGGAAGUAUCCGUUCGAUUUUUUUCUAUGGUAUCACCAUAGAAAUUCAUGUAUCUUAUUUUUUACGAUCUGUCCG